AUGGCGAGGCUGACGGGCGCCCGGCCCGGGCCGGCCCGCCGCUGGGGCUGCGCCGCCGCCGCCUUCCUCCUCCUCCUCCUCACCGUGCAAGCCGCCCAGAAAGCCGACCUUAGCGGCGACGCCACGGCGGCCACCAUCAACCACUCGCUGACGCUGCUGCAGCGGCUGCAGGAGCUGCUGCAGAACGGCAACGCGAGCGACUCGGUGCUGCGGGUGCGCACGGCGGCCUCCGAGGAGGCCAAGGUCUUCCACACCCACCAGCUGCUGCUCGGCCUCCAGAGCGAGGUCUUCGAGGGCCUCCUGCGCAACCAGAGCGUCGUCACCCUGCACGAGCCGCCCGAGAGCGCCGCGCUCUUCGACAAGUUCAUCAGGUACCUGUACUGCGGCGGGGUGUCCAUCCUGCUGCACCAAGCCAUCCCCAUGCACCAGCUGGCCAGCAAGUACCGGGUGCGGGCGCUGCAGCGCGGCGUCGCCGACUACAUGAGGAGCCACCUGGCCAGCGAGUCGAGCCAGGGCCACGUGGUGGGCUGGUACCACUACGCGGUGCGCGUCGGCGACGAGGCGCUGCAGCAGAGCUGCCUCCAGUUCCUCGCCUGGAACCUGUCGGCGGUGCUGGGCAGCGCCGAGUGGGCCUCGGUGAGCGUGGAGCUGCUGCUGCUGCUGCUCGAGCGCUCCGACCUGGUGCUGCACAGCGAGCUGGAGCUCUUCGGCGCCGUGGAGGGCUGGCUGGGCCGCCGGCAGCCCGAGGCGCCCGUGGCCGAGCGGGUGCUGCGCGCCAUCCGCUACCCCAUGAUCGCGCCCAGCCAGCUCUUCCGGCUGCAGGCGCAGUCGGCGGUGCUGGCGCGGCACCGCGGCGCGGUGCACGACCUGCUCUUCCAGGCUUUCCAGUUCCACGCCGCCUCCCCGCUCCACUUCGCCAAGUACUUCGACGUCAACUGCAGCAUGUUCCUGCCCCGCAACUACCUCGCGCCCGGCUGGGGCUCCCAGUGGGUCAUCAACAACCCGGCGCGGGACGACCGCAGCACCAGCUUCCAGACCCAGCUGGGCCCCAGCAGCCACGACGCCAGCAAGCGGGUCACCUGGAACGUGCUCUUCUCGCCGCGCUGGCUGCCCGUCAGCCUGCGCCCCGUCUACUCGGACUCCGUCUCGAGCGCCAUCCAGCCGGCGCGCGUCGAGGACGGCCGCCCCCGGCUCGUCAUCACCCCGGCCAUGAGCAGCUCCGACUUCGCCGGCGUCAGCUUCCAGAAGACGGUGCUGGUGGGCGUGCGGCAGCAGGGCCGCGUCUUCGUCAAGCACGCCUACAGCUUCCACCAGAGCUCCGACGAGGUGGCCGACUUCCUGGCGCACGCCGACCUGCAGAAGCGCACCUCCGAGUACCUCAUCGACAACGCCCUGCACCUCCACAUCAUCGUCAAGCCCGUCUACCACUCCCUCAUCAAGGCCAAGAAGUAG